GGCUUGCCCGGUGCGGUGAUGCCGGAAGACAGAAAGCAGGAACGGCCGCACUGCUUCCUAGGAGAGGUGCUGUCCCACGGGCAGGGACGGAACGUGUUACUCCUCUGCCAGACCGACAGUGGCCCUCGGGCUGAGAGUGACCGGUGCUGCUGACCCCAGUAUCGUCUCGGUAGGCCCUUCCCGGCGGAACACGAUGGGCCGCGCCGAUUCCCGCCCGGACCAGUAGCGCUAAGCACCGGGCGCCGUCGGAGCGCUUAUGGUGGCACCGGAAGCCGCCACAGCGGGCAGGUUCGAGGUGCCCGGGCAUUGACAGAACAAAUAUGUUUCCUCUCAUACAACGGUGCUGCCUCAACACACCUUUCAAACUGCAGAAGUUAACUGGUCCCAGUCUGCUGCUCUAUGGGAAGAACAAGACAUCUUGGUCGUCCUUGGCCCUCCGGCUGCAGAGAGAUGCACGUCCUCUCUCAACAUCUCAGAGCCUCAAACCAGCAUCAGUUUACACAACCAAGCUCCAGGCUUUUCACACCUCUCUUCCUGUCUUCAAGAAGAAAACCCCUGCAGAAUCUGAGGCAGAAUCACAUAAAAGCCUGGAAUCACUGAAGGAUUGUCCCAAGCCAGUCCUUUACUUAAGCCUUGGGGGGCUGAUUCCAUUUGUGGCCGUGCCACUGGCCUUGGCCGUGCAGGGCACCUACUGCCCUCAGCUGGCCUUUGCUCAGGUUGCCUACGGUGCUGUAACAGCGUCAUUCCUGGGGGGAAUGAGGUGGGGGUUUGCUCUCCCAGAAAACAGCCCAGCCAAGCCAGACUGGCUGAACAUGGCUAACGGCACAGUUCCUCCUCUGCUUGCCUGCCAAGCCUUGCUUUUCAAAGAUGUCACUCAGGGAGCAGUAAUGCUCGUGCUGGCCUUAGGGAUAGCACUGCAUUAUGACAUUUCCCUUCUUCCGACUUACCCCAGGUGGUUUAAAGUACUGAGGGUGGUGGGAACAACAGUGAUGAUAUUAUCCCUGUUGGCCACUGUAGCACUGAAAGCUUUCUUAGAAGGGGAGCAAAGUGAUGACAGAAAAAUAUGGCAGAACACAAAUAAAUAAAUCAAUAAGGAAAAGCUGUUAUCUGCCAAUAAGGUACUUAUAUGGAGUUCCAGGAGAAGUAAAGACUGUUUGUGCUUAGAAGUCAUAUGACGGCAGGGAUCAAGAUGCUUAUUCUUGAAGCAAAGUGAUUUUCCAACUGAUUUUGAAGCUAGUUCAGGAGGAGAGGAUUGUGAAUAGCAAUUACUUCCCAGGCAAGCUUGAAUCUGUCCUUUUCUGUAGAAUGAAGAAUCACUCCUCAAUGAGAUAUUGCUACUUUAGGAAUUUAGAAUGCAGAUUCAAAAUUACAUGGGUAUGAAUUGCUCUGUGCUGAACUAUGAAAGCAUCUGUUUUGACUGUAAUGUGUGAUCAUGUUCUGAGGUGGGGAAAACAACAGUAACAAGGUGAAAGCAGUUCUACUUUGGUGUUUAAAGGAGUAGCAGACAAUUAAGCAAAAGCACAUUCUACUCAGUUGCUGCAUUGUGGAACACGACUCAGAUUUCACUCCUAUAUUCAGAGAAGGUGCUGAAAAUCAGAUUGGUUUGGGUUGGAAUGGGCCUUAAAGAUCGUCUCGUUCCAAUCUCCUGCUGUAUACAGGGACACCUUCCACUAGAUCAGGUUGCUCAAAGCCCCAUCCAGCCUGGACACUUCCAGGGAUGCUGUGUGAGGAAAUUCUCAGUGCAGUGUCAGGUAAGUGUCCUGGUUUGGAGGACAGGUAUCUGCCAAUAAAGGCAGAAGUCUUCCUUUGAAAUAGAGACCCCAG